CGCACCUCUUUUUUUCGACCGAUCUUUUUUUACACACCGCCUCUUGCUGUCUCUCUAAUUACCACGACAGCUUUCCCUUGGGCGACGACCUCAAGGCUUUCUUCUUCUUCUCUCCCCCCCCCAUUUCUUCUCACAUCACAUUCACAUUAUCCACAUCAUGGCAAGAUAUUCUCAACCGUCAUUUGACUUCUAUCAACAAUCUCCUACCACCUUGGACGCCAAACCUGCAUUUCCUGAAGAGGAUGAGAUGAGUGUAUUAGAUGAUAAGAUCCUGGAUUCUACUUCACCCGAUAUGUCUUCCUCAGCUGCCGACCACCGCCGACCUUCUUCGUAUGAUCAUGCACCCGAUGCAUACACGCAUCGAGAUUCCGUCUGGUCCGACUUCUCCCAUUCUGUCUCCAGCAAUCAGUCCCGCCACAACUCCCAAGUCGGCCAUCCGUUCUUUGAAACCGCCCCUAAUCCUUUUAUGCGCGUCGAUGGCGCUCACCCGUCCGCAGCAUACGCCCAGCAGGCCUCGUGGUCCCUGUCCAAGGACUCGGGCGCAUGCACUCCUACCGCCAUGUACGAGCACUUCCCUUCCGAGCUGGACCACAGCGCCUCGGCGCCUUUCGCCGGCGGCGCCGUCGGCCCCGUCAGCACCAUCAGCAUCCCCUCCAUGUCUUACCGUCCCGGCAUGGCCUUCGCGCACCCUGCAGCCGUGGCCAUGUCCCCGCAGUCGAGUCAGGGUUGGAUGCCGGCCGCCACAGACAUGGCCGAUGCUGUGGCACGUCCGACCAAGAGUCCCACCUACCGCAACAGCUCGCCCUUGAGCAUGCGCCGGGACGGCAUCCGCAAGAAGAACGCUCGCUUCGAGAUUCCUGCCGAGCGGACGCUGAGCAACAUCGACCAGCUAAUCAGCCAAUCCACCAAUGAGGAGGAGAUCAAGGAAUUGAAGCAGCAGAAGCGCCUGUUGCGGAAUCGUCAGGCUGCUCUGGACUCCCGCCAGCGCAAGAAGCUCCACACUGAGAAGUUGGAAGAGGAGAAGAAGCAGUACACGCAGAUCAUCAGCGAUCUCGAGGAGGAGCUGCAGAGCAUGCGCCUCCGGGAGGCGGAGCUCCUUCGCGAGAAGAACGAAUGGAUGUCCGCCCAGCAGGAGAUCACUCAGUACAUCAACACCAUGCACAUGGACAAGGAUGAGCUGAUCCGCGUGCACACACUGGAGACGGCCGAGCUUCGUAAGAAGAACAACAUCCUCAAGGAGACCGUGGAGAAGCUUGAGCGUCACGCCAGACCCACCGCCCCCUCGAAUCUGCCCUCUGAAUUCUCCGACUUUGAGAACCUGACCAUGGACAGCAGUCCCUGGGAGGACUUUACGAUGGUCAACAGCCUCUCUUUGGAUGCCGAGGCCGUGGCCCCUCCCAGUGCACAGCCCACCUCGAUGGUUAUCGCCUCGAACGAGAAGGACAAGUCGGCGACCAGCGACUAUCCGUUCAGCUGGAACGCGUUCUACAUGUGCCUGCUCUUCGGGGCCUUUGUGGCCUCGAACGGCUCUUCGCUUUCCGCUCGCUCCAUUCCUCAGCUGUCCGAGGAGUACCGCGCGGAAUCGGCCAACGUGCUGAAGGCCGUGCUAUCUUCCUCCCCUCCAGAGCUUGCCCAGCCGAUGGGCCAGGCGGCUGUCGCCUCCUCGUCGGCCGCUGCCGUCAUGCCCAACACCAUCACUGGCGCCCAGAUGGCCCAGAUGACUGGCACGGCGGCCCCAUCCAAUCUGGAUGAGCUCCACAGCACGCUGGUUAUGCCCACCAAGCAGCAGGAGCAAGAGCAGGUCUUCGCUCUCAACGUGGACCAGUACAACUCCCUGACGACUUAUGAUGAUGCUGGUGUUGAAUACAAGCAACAGCAGCCAUCGAAUCUCCAGCAAGCGCUGGCUGCCAUGAGAGGCAGCGUCCAGAGUAAGGUGUCGACCAAGGCCACCUCCGAUGUCUACUCCCGGUCUCUGAUGUGGGACCGGGUGCCUGAAAAGGUGAUCCGGGAUUUCCGCCGCAUGGUCCAGGAGUGCGGCGUCCCUCCGGUCAAGGAGGAAGACGCCAGUUUCGGCCACCAGUAAAAAUGGUAUGAUCAAGGUUUGGUGUUUGUUCAUCGAACCGUGUCGUUCACCCACCUCAGCCUUUUGUCUCGUUCCUUUUCUGCGUCCAUGCCCCACCAGGGCGACCUGACUGAGUUCUGCUGCCUCCAUCCCUUCGCUUCUCCAACCUCCGAGUCUUCUGGGAAGACCUUUCACUCCUCUUUGGGC